AUGGCUCAAGACAGAGUUAUUGGACAGGUGCGCGCGACAACUUCCAAUCUUAGCUCGGUGACUGACGCUGGACAGGUCGAAGUAGUCAAGAACACCACGAGCAAGAUAGAGGGCCCCUCGACUGAUCAAAUCGACGAACACAAGCCCUGCAACGCGGACGGCAAGACCAUGAGCAAUACGGCGAGUUCUUCCGCCAGCCAGAUUGCCGCUCCUCAGCUGGACGAUCAGGUUGUCGAGAUGCCAGUCGUAAUAGAGGGGCUCUCAGGCGCCGAGCAGGUACAACUCGAGCUGAAAACCGCGCUCUUCGAGUUGCGAGCUAAUGUGUUGCAGUCUGAUGCAUGCCACAAUCUCUUCAACACGGUCGAGCUUCUGGAGAAUAUUCUGUCAAAGCUGCCAAUCAAGGACUUACUCUUCGCCCAGAGCGUUUGCAAGACGUGGAAGAAUUGCAUCGCGCACUCGAAAAUACUUCAACGGGGCCUGUUUCUUGCUCCACCAAAGCUCAAGCCUAUCGAGAUGAUUUACGACACAGGUGACGAGGGCAACCUCCAGACAGCCUUGUACGCCAAAGCCGACGCAUCGGACACAGCCGAAGUCAAGUUUCUGCGCACCUGCUUCACUUUUUGUGCAAAUCCUCUUCUCGUGUGCGCCUUCGGUUCAGACACUCUGGCCACUUAUCUGCUGGAUUCGAGCAAGAGCCCCCGUGUAGAAGAGCGCUUCACCCGACCGGAGGCUUCCUGGAAGCGCAUGACCACCCUAUACCCAUCACUUGAGUUUCCGGAUAUCUUUCUGCCUCUCAAACAACAGUUGAAGUCUUUCGCACUGUCAAGAGAGGAGGCGAUCGAACGAACUGGAGGGCAUCUCAUGAUGGUUUUGUGGGAAGAAUCGUUGAGGAGACUGGCUCAUGCUGGAACAGCUUUUGUUUGUGAGGCCGCACAAAAGUACGAAACAGCCGAGCAGCUGGCCAGUGCAGUCGAUAAACUCAAGCAAGGAGAGAAGUUGUGA